AUGGUGCUCAAGAUCAAGGAAAUCAUGCGGGCCGAGACCCCCACCACCUGCGAACUUCGACAAGGCUGGGGCAAGCUGACCAGGCACACGCCCGAAAUCAGCGUCGACAUAAUUUACCCAGACCCGUUUUCACUCACCGCCGAGGGUGCUCAUGGCUGCCCGGCCGUGAUUCAAUACAAUCCCGAAGACAUACCCCUCGAGGUCGAGUUUGAAGUCCCUCAGAACCUCCCUGCCAAGUCAAAAUAUCGGCUUGUAGGGGCUCAGUGGGCCGGACAAGCGAAAGAACGAGAAGGCUUCGAGAUGGUCAGCGCUCCGUUUGAGUUGCCCAAGGGAACAAAGGACAUGGUCGCCAAGGGGUUCAAGGCUGCCAAUGAGAUCAAGGCUCCCGACUCCCCCUUCCGCAUCCAGGGCAAGAUAAUGUGGUACCUCGUUGGCGAAGAUUCGAAGCCGCUCAGCGACAAGAUUCCGGAUUUUGGCUCGGCAGUCUCCCACGAAUUCUACUUCGUGCUGGGCCCAACCCACAACUUACCCCACAUCAUCAACGAAUGGUUCCGCGAGUUGAACGAGCUGGUUUUCCCCGACUUUCAAAAGAUAGCCGGAAAGAAGUGGGCCGAGGUCGAGGGCUUCGUCCUCCAGAAUGCCGUGGAAAAGCUGUACCGUCUCGGCAGCCAUGAUGACUUGCGCUACGACUCGCGUCGCCACGAAGGCGGCAGUCCGCAUCACCUCAAAGGCAAGACCGUGUAUCUGAGUACCUUCUUCCAGAAGGAGAAGAAGCUUGUUAACUGCUUCGACCUCGCUGCCGUGCUCAAGCUGCUCCUGUUAUCGCUAGGCACGAGGAAAACUAACAGCGGCGGGUAUGAAAAUGUGAUUCACGGCCUCGCAAUGACCAUUGACCAGCCAUGGGGCUACAUCCCGCCGGGGCCGCUCUUCGGAUGGCUUCGUACCGAGGCACACUACUGCAACAACCCGUUCUGGUGGGACGAGGAUCCCAAGAAAUGCCUGAAACCACAUGUCGAGACGUUCGAUCCGGCCCGGACCAGCUUCGGCAAGCACUGCUACGUCAAGUUCAAGAACCACCUAGGCAAGGAGUGCGCCGUCGACGCCUGCCACGCUCUGGCCGACAGCAAGAACCCCGGAAAGAUCCUUCUGGCCACUGGUCAUCAGGACAUCGCACAGUUUCGCGAAGCCAACACAGACGUAGGGCCGAAACGUGAUGACUUGCCAGCAGGGCCCCCCAAAGUUUCUGAGAACCAAUUGGAAGCGAUUUCCCGGUCAUAGAGGGAGUCUGCUGGCACUACUCUUCCUCUCCCUUCUACCCUGGUGAUAGCAGGCGAUUAGAGAGACGGAAAGUGAUUUACCGACG